GCGCCCUGCGAUGGAUGUGGCAGCGUUUGAGCUGCUACAUUGCCAUUGCGGCAUUUGUGCUGUGUGUCGAUGUCGGCGCUCUGCCAUUGCGGCCUGACAUGUUGGACCACAGGAAGCAGCUUUCAACCGAAUCCCUGAUAUCGGCCAAUGCGACUAGCACAG